AUGUCAACCAGUGAAAACGCUGUUCUGAGCAGCAGGUCAGAGGUCAUCACCAAAAACAUCACCUGUGAAGAGAAGGCUCCGUCAGUCACCACCUCUAUCAUCUCCAUGACCUUUGGCAUCCUGUCCAACAGCCUUGCCCUGUUAAUCCUGCUUAAAUCCUCCAAGCGUGUCCCACUGAAGUCCAAGGUGCCCUUCUUGGUGUUCGCCACCAGUCUGGUGGUCACCGACCUUCUGGGUCAUCUGGUGAAUGGCUCCCUUGUGCUUUUCGUCUAUAGCUGGCGCAAGAAUUGGGAGACAUUUGACCCUCGUGGCAAUGUGUGCAACCUUUUUGGCACCAGCAUGGUGUUCUUCGGCCUGAGCCCGCUGUUCCUGGGCUGUGCCAUGGCCAUAGAGCGCUGCAUUGGAGUCACCAGGCCCUUCUACCAUUCCACAGGGUUGGCUUUCCGUCACAUGAGGAGGCUGCUGUCUGUCAUUUGGCUGGUCGCUGCCCUCGUGGCUGUACUCCCGAUGGUGUUGUGGAGGUCCUAUGGGGUUCAGAGAUCUAGGAGCUGGUGCUUCUUCCAUUUGGGGAAACCCAAAGACUGGCUAGAUGUGUUCCUGCCUCUGUUUUUCUCCCUGCUAGGCUUGCUGGCCCUGCUCUUCUCUAUUGUUUGCAAUACUGUGAGCAGCUGCUCUCUGUUGCUGUCCACAAUGCACCGCAAGCACCACAGCAGAGGAACUUCUUACCACAUUGAGAUGAUCUGCCAGCUGCUGGCCAUCAUGCUGGUUUCCUGUGUUUGCUGGGGGCCUUUACUGAUCCAUGUCAUCUUUCUGAGUUCCAAAGACAACCAUGAGCCAGAGUCCGAUAGUCUACUGUUUGUGGUACGCAUGGCCACAUGGAACCAAAUCCUGGACCCCUGGAUCUACAUCCUGCUUAGGAAGGCCGUAUUGAGGAAACUCUACCUAAUGUUACAAAGAUGCUCAAGGUCUAAGUCCCUGCAGCAACCAGUGCAGUGGAAGCACAGCUUCCUUCAAAGCUCCACAUCCAGCAUCUCCAGGUUCGGCCCUCGUGAAUGUCGCUGCUUUGAUGGAUUACUUGUGCAAAACACCCGAAUGAGUCUAUCUACCGACUCCAACACUGAAGUGUUUCACGUUGUUACUUCUGUGUGGAAGAAAUGCUAA